AUGGGCAAGGUCGAAGAACUCGACUACAGCAUCAAACCAGAGAAUGUCACCCCUCAAAUCCCGACGUCUGAGUGGCCGCUCUUGCUCAAGAAUUAUGACAAGCUCCUCGUGAGAACUGGACAUUUCACUCCAAUUCCAUGUGGCUGCACUCCUCUCAAACGCGAUUUGAAAUCUUACAUCUCUUCCGGUGUCAUCAAUCUCGACAAGCCCUCCAAUCCUUCUAGUCAUGAAGUCGUAGCGUGGGUCAAGCGAAUUUUGCGCGUGGAAAAGACCGGCCAUAGCGGAACACUCGAUCCCAAGGUCACUGGGUGUCUGAUUGUCUGCAUAGACCGAGCUACUAGACUGGUCAAAUCGCAACAAGGAGCUGGAAAGGAAUACGUUUGCGUGAUCCGAUUGCACGACAAGUUACCUGGUGGUGAAGCACAAUUCGCCCGAGCUCUCGAGACCUUAACCGGUGCUCUUUUCCAGCGACCACCAUUGAUCUCUGCCGUCAAGCGUCAAUUACGUAUCCGAACCAUCCACGAAAGCAAGCUGUAUGAGUUUGACAACGACCGCCAUCUAGCUGUGUUCUGGGUGAGCUGUGAAGCUGGAACGUACAUCAGAACUCUCUGCGUUCAUCUGGGACUUCUACUUGGUGUUGGCGCGCAUAUGCAAGAACUUCGGAGAGUACGAAGUGGAGCAAUGGAUGAGAGCGACGGGAUGGUCACACUACACGAUGUACUGGAUGCGCAGUGGACGCAUGACAACAACAGAGAUGAAGCAUACCUACGGAAAGUGAUCUCUCCUCUCGAGAGUCUACUUACCACAUAUAAACGGAUAGUCGUCAAGGACAGUGCUGUGAAUGCAGUGUGCUAUGGUGCCAAGCUGAUGAUUCCCGGUUUAUUGCGGUUCGAAUCUGGAAUUGAAAUCAACGAAGAGGUCGUCCUUAUGACCACCAAAGGCGAGGCUAUCGCUCUUGGUAUUGCACAGAUGUCAACUGUCGAAUUAUCAACAUGUGAUCAUGGAGUCGUUGCCAAGGUCAAGAGAUGUAUCAUGGAGAGAGAUCUGUAUCCUCGAAGAUGGGGUAUGGGUCCAGUCGCUCUGGAGAAGAAGAAGAUGAAGUCCGAUGGCAAGCUUGAUAAAUAUGGUCGUCCCAAUGAAGCCACCCCAGCAAAAUGGACCACUGAGUACACUGACUACAAUGCUCCCGAUGGCACUGCAGCUGUCCCGCCCAAAGAAACCACCUCCAAAUCCGAUGUGCUCUCGGCGCCACCAGUCGCCCCUAAUGGUGAACAAGCCGACACUGCAAUGUCAGACGAAACAGCCGCCGCGACCGUCAACGGCGUCGACAAGGACAAGAAACGCAAGAAGCAUGAUGGCGAGACUCCCGAAGAACGCGCGGAGCGCAAGCGAAGGAAAAAGGAGAAGAAGGAAAAGAAAGAGAAGAGAAAAUCCAAGGGCUCCGCGGCCGCCGAGGAGAGUGACGAAAGCGAAUGA